CUCGUUUCCCUGGAAGGGCAAAAUUUUCGGCGUUCAGUCAGUCAGUUCCUUUCGCAGUAGUGCGUUGGCUACCUCGACUAGAAUUGCCGGAGUGUCUUGGACACGUCACGUUGCCAUGGUGAUUCUCCCCAACAACUCCCGAUACUCAUUGGAAAGUUGUGCUUACACUACCGCGUCCGCUCAGCAUACAACCUCUUGACCAAUUGCUACAACGCUGUGCAUCAGACUUUCUAGGUUAGGUUUUUUGAAAAACUCGUGACAUCGUGAUAAACUGUUCAAAAUAACCUCAAAAAACGUCAAAAACAUUUCUUAAUUCCAUCAACUGAUAAGUUUCAAUCUUAGUUUCAUCAACUGAUAAGUUUCAAUCAACCGAAAAAGUUCUAAAGUUUCAAACUCAACCACUGUGAUAUAAUCAAAACUUUUCCGCCACUAGCAUUCCGAUAUUAUAUAUUUCGUGAGUUAUUAUGUCUGGACAAUGUCACUUGUAUAAGUUGGAACCCUAGUGCUAUCAAUUGACUUGUCAUCUCCAAUCUGGGUAGAAAUCUGCUGCAAGACAUGGCACUGUCAUUACUUCAAGAUACCGCACCGAAGAGUGGUCUGACCGCCAUCGCCCGCCUAUCGUCGCACCGAGGGGUAAUGAAGGAGACUCAACCGGACGCCGAGGCUGUCAACAACAACAACACCAGCAAGAACAACAAUCACCACCACAACAACAACCUCCAUCCGCGUGGCGGCGGUCUCAGUCCCGCUUUUUCGCCGGGUCUGCUGACACCGGCUCAACUCUUCCCCAGUCACUUCAUGAGUCCUCUGGCGCUGCACGCAGGAACACUGUUUCACCACUGGGCGGCUCAACAGCAACACCAGCAACAGAUCUCGCCUCCGAUGCCUGCCGGCGUUCGGAUGACACCUGGCGUCAACACCAGGCGCAAGGAUAAAGUCCUACAGGAACAGGUCUCCCCGGAACCUGCCCCUCUCUCCCCUCCCACAUCGGGAUCUUCCCCUCAAUCAAAUGGCUCCUCAGGACACGAUGGCUCCAACAAAGACAGCAGGGAAAAGGUGUUUACAUGUGGUAUUUGUAAUCGAUCUUUCGGGUACAAACACGUCCUGCAGAACCAUGAACGAACCCACACGGGUGAGAAACCGUUCGAAUGUCCCCAGUGCCAUAAACGCUUCACCAGGGAUCACCACCUCAAAACCCACAUGCGUCUCCACACCGGGGAGAAACCCUACCACUGUACACACUGCGACAGGAACUUCGUGCAAGUAGCGAACCUACGCAGACAUCUCAGGGUACAUACCGGCGAACGUCCCUACGCCUGUGAACUGUGCUCCUCCAAGUUCUCAGAUUCCAACCAACUCAAGGCUCACACCUUGAUACACAAAGGAGAGAAGCCAUUCGAAUGCAACAAAUGUUUGGUGAGAUUCCGCAGGAGACACCAUAUGAUGCACCACAAAUGCCAAGGGAAAUCCCAAGCUGGUGGUCACCCCGACAGUCCUCCGAUCGCGCAACCAGUCACACCCAUGUCCGAUGAGAACACAAUCCUCGAUGAAGACGAAGACGAGGAUAUGUUAGAUGAGGACAGAAACAUUGAGAUGGCGGAGUCCAUGGAUGCGUUGUAUGCUGAUGAACCAACCUCGAAAGGAAGAAGAGUUAGGAAACCGAGGGACAUCCGGAAGAUCAUCCGCUACAUUCCCGAGCAGACGGAACCUGAGGAUUUGUCACUGUCUUCAAAAAAGAGGAACGAAGAAAACAACCGGAUCAACGACUGGCAUUCAUCAAUCAGGAGACAUAUCUCACCGACAUCUUUCUAGUGGAAAAAUAUUGCUCAUUUAGUUCAAAAAUGUAAUAAGUUCGUUGUUCACCAGUUAAAGAAUGUAAAACUAUUGUCUAUUCAUUUUUGAAUUGCUGUAUUUUGUGUAGAAUACCUACAUAUUCAUGAAUGAAUUUCCUAUUUAGUACCAUCUUAUUCACAGAGAUAUUGAGUAGCCAUGAUGAGAUAAAUGAGAAAUGGCCACCUGAAUUAUCAGGUCUCUUCAUUGUAGUCUCUCUGUGAAAAUUAUGUUUUAAAUUAUUCGAAAUUGCUGACAUUUCACAACAAUGCAUUCUUCAGUACUUCUUCAGUACUAGAAUGUAUUCGUCAGCUUUCGGCAAUGUGUUCAAUUACAAAUUUUAAUGUUAAAGACUAUUUAUCGUUAAUGUCAUAGGAUUUUCAUAUUCGUAAUGUUGAAAGAGGAUUGAAAAGUAUUAUCAUACUAUUAUUCUUUCACAUUUUACUAUCUGUAUAAUCUAUUUUGCUCUCUUUUUCACUCUCUUUCUGUCUUUAUCCAGCAUCGAUUGGAUGAGUUUUAGAGAAAUCGAAAGAUCUGAGUUCUAGAAAAUGCCUCUUGCUGUUGAAAAUAUAUACUGGGAUGUGCUCUUCAAAAAUGUUUGUCAUUAUCAUUAAAUCUUGUGAAUCCCUAGUGUAUUUUGUUUUUUUCAAGGAAUGUUACCUUUAUCUAGUUUGAUUCGUGUUCCUUUUAUUGUAAUUAAUGUUAGUUCUGUAUUGGACUUCUUGUACUCGUGUAUAUUCUAUUGAAUUCACACCAGAUUAAAACUUAUUUUGAUUAUGAUUAUUUGUAAUAUAAUUCGAAAAUUGAGUGCUCUUUCGUAGCCUAUCCACGAUAAUUAUUUAUUUUAUGAUUAAAUUUGAAUAAUAUUCAUUGAAAAUGAUCAAACACCUUGAAUGAUAGAUUUCUGGUGAAUAAAUCUAAAAAGUAUAAUAUUCGAAAUUGGUGUUAUUGGAAUGAAUGUGCAUGUAAAGAACUCUUAUCUGAGAAAUAUAGAUUGUAUUCGUUAUGUGAUGUAUCAAAAAUUAUUGUGUUGUGUGUAAAUAGUUGAUGGAAAAUUGUCAUUUACGUGUGUAUGUAUCUUCUUGUUGAUCUUGCUAUGAAAAUUAUGUACAUUUCUAUUUUAUUAUCAAUAUUCUAUGUGUAAAUUGUAUUUAAGACAAUCUACCAGAUUGGGAAGUAAUUUAUAUGAAUAAGAUUAUCGGAUUGUCACAAUUCAUCGAAUAAUAUUUGAAGAGCUUAAUACAUUACUUACAUAUUAUCAAAAAUAUAUCAAUCUCUAAAUAACGUUGAGCUUAUAAACACAUAAAAUUAUUUUUCUAACAGUCUUGAAAAAUUACUCGUCUCAAAUAGAAACUUUGUGGUAUCUCUAUGUUUGUUAACUACCUCGAGUUGUGAGUUUUGUUUUCUAUCCAAUAUUUCACUGAACUUUUAUGCUCAAACACGAUCUUUUAUUACAUAGAAUAGUCCCUCUCUGCUCUUUAUGUAAAUGUACUCUUCUCUGUUUUUUUCCAAAUAUCACAUUCAUAUAUCAACCACAUAAUAAAAAAUGACAUUUCUCUCUAUAGGUUUUUUCAAUAUUAUUCCCAAUAAUCUCCCAAGCUCUAUCAAGAAUUAGACCUGUAGAUUUAAUGAACAUUCCAUGUGAAACUGUUGUUCAAAUUCUUCUCUGGCUACAUUGAAAAUAAAUUUUAGAAUCUGUAUGAACUUAUGUAGGCCCAACUCGAUAGAAUUUUCACUGAAAUUUCCACAAUUUUAGAAUUUCUAGUCAAAUUAUUAGAGCUCUACACAUGAUUUGUCAUCAUCCUUUUUAUUAUUUAUCAUGAAGAGCAGAUUAAUUUAAAACACUUUUUGAUCCCACAUUUUGUUGGUCCAAACCUAAAAACUGAUGAACCAAAUCCCCAUGAUUUUUCUACUGAAUGCAAUAUCGAAGAUAAUUCAACAUUAAUUCAAUCUUUCUUUGAAUAAUAACAGCAACAUGAUAUUUUACCAAGAAAAACUCCACCUUCCAUCAUCUCAAACUUAUUCAAGUCAAUAUAACAUAAAAUAUUGAAUCAAUUCAAUAAUUCUGAUUUAUUCGAAAUGAAUGAAUUCCAUGUUGAUACUCGUGAAUAGAUCGAUUAAUACUUUUCAAUUUUGACAAAUCUAACUGUGCCAUAUUAUCUUCAUAUAGCAAUAAUACACUUAUCUAAUUUUUAAAGUAGGCUGUACGAUUCUAUCAAUUCAAUAGUUAUAAGGAUCCUUAACUCUGUAUUUUGUCAAUAAUUAUUGUGAUUACUAUAAUAAGGAAUCAAGGUCUCUGCCACAACCAACUACCUCAAUGUUAGUUAUAUUAUCCAAUUGCAAACUGCAAAUAUUGUGGAGAAUUUCAAAAAUUUCAAAUUUAUCACAAGAAUAAUUCAAGGGAGUGGGAAAAGAAAGUUUACUUCAUUUUUCAUGUUUAUAUAUUUCAAAGACAAAGAUAAAGUACUUUUCACCAUAAUGAGAUUGCUCUCUUAGAUUUAUUCAUCCAAUUAUUGUAAAUUUUCUGAGAUAUGAAUGGCUGACGAUAUUUUGAAUUAUACAUUAAUAAUAUUAUUCGACUAUAAAUUAACUUUGGUGGGAAAAACGUAAUCUUCGUGGAUUGAAGAUAGAAUAUUGAUUGAUUAUCCACUAAUUUCCAAAAGUGUUCACUCUUUUUUUUUGUGGAAAAUAAAACAUACUGAACUAAUAAUUUCAUAAUUAGUUUCAAGCUCAGUGGUUUCUUAUUUUGAUACUCUAAUUCCAGAUACAAUAUUUGCUGUUUCGCAAACUCAAUUUUACUAAGACUGAUUUUAAAUAUCCUGUAUUCUAUUGUCUAUGUGUAUCGAUUUCUAGAUUUAGGUGUCGAUAGUAUAUGAACUGUUGUUUGUUUUUUAUACACAAUUAUUGUUUUUAUAUCAAACAGAAUAUUAUUGUCUUGUCGAUACGUUGAACAAGAACUUCAAAAACAUAUAAAUA